AUGGCUUUCAGCAUGGAGCAAGUUUACACCUGGCUCAGCCUCUUGGCGGGAGCCGUCUUCAUCUACACAUCGUGCCUCGUGGUUUAUAGGUUAUACUUUCAUCCUCUGGCGAAAUACCCCGGACCGUUCCUGGCUAGGAUAUCAGAUGUCUACCAGCUUUACCACGCCUGGAGAGGAGACCGUCAUCUUGAGUUUUGGCGCAUGCACCAAAAAUAUGGCAAAGUAGUCCGAUUCGGCCCCAACAGCAUUUCGGUCAACAGCGCCACGGCCCUGAAGGACGUCUACGGCUUCAGGGCCAACGUCCGCAAGGCCGAGUUCUACGACGCCUUCGUGCACCCGGCGCCCAACACGCACAAUGCGCGCGAUCGCGACCUUCACGCCCGCAAGCGUCGCGUCCUGUCGCAUGCCUUCUCUGAUAACGCCAUCAAGCAGAUGGAGCGCUACAUCCUGGCCAACGAGCGCACAUUCUGCGCCGAGAUUGGCCGUGGCGCCUCCCCCGAGAACAAGGGCUGGACCACUCCCAAGAACAUGUCCGACUGGUGCAACUACCUCGCCAUGGAUAUCCUCGGUGACCUCGCUUUCGGAAAGGCCUUCCACAUGCUCGAGAGCGAAGAUAACCGCUACGCUUUGGAUAUGGUCGGUGCUGCGGCUCAGAGGCAUUUGAUUUGCGGAACCAUGCCCAUCAUCGACAAGCUCAGUCUCGACAAGGUCCUGUUCCCCAAGAUCGCAGCCGGUCGUGCCAAGUACAUGAAGUACAGCCGCGCACAACUUACCGAGCGCACCAAGCUUGGCGACGAGACGGACCGCCGCGACUUCUUCUACCAUCUGCUGCGUGCCCGUGACCCCGAGACCGGCCAGGGCUUCAGCACUCCCGAGCUCUGGGGAGAGUCCAACCUUCUCAUCAUCGCCGGUUCCGACACCACCUCCACCGCCAUGGCCGCCACGCUCUUCUACCUCUGCCGCAACCCCGCCGCCCUCGCCCGCGUGACCGAGGAGGUCCGCACCACCUUCUCCAACGUCGAGGACAUCAAGCAGGGACCCCAACUCAACGGACUGACCUACCUGCGCGCUUGCAUCGACGAGGCCAUGCGUCUAUCCCCCUCGGUCGGCGGCCUCCUGCCGCGUGAGGUCCUGAGCGGCGGCAUCACGGUCGACGGCGAGACGCUGCCCGAGGGCACCGUCGUCGGCACGCCGCACUACACCAUCCACCACAACGAGGCCUACUACCCCGACCCGUUUGCGUUUGCGCCGGAGCGCUGGAUCGCCGGCUCGGUCCUCAAGUCGGGCCGCGCCGUGACCGAGGCCGACGUCCAGGCCGCGCAGAGCGCCUUCUGCCCCUUUAGCAUCGGGCCCAGGGGCUGCAUCGGCAAGGGUCUGGCGUACGUCGAGAUGUCGACCACGUUGGCCAGGACACUCUUCACCUACGACAUGCGCAAGGCCGUCGGGGUCGAGGACCCGUCCGAGGGAGGCAAACCCGGAGCCGAGUGGGGGAGGCACAGGGAGUCUGAGUUCCAGCUGGUCGACACUUUUACCAGUCUGAAGGAGGGUCCUAUCUGCGAGUUUAGGGAACGGGAUUUGUCGGCGUAA